AUGGCGAUCCACGUAGUUUCCGUCUCUUCUUCUUCUGGUUCUUCCGCAACCAAACCGGGCACUGUUACGGAGAAACUUGCGAAAAAACUCAUGGAUCAGGAACGAGAGACGGUGAAUCCGAAACCCGGGUUUUCGAUCUUGUCCCGGGACAAGAUCAAAAACCUUCGUUUCGGUUGGGAAGAAGAACAAGCACAGGAGGAGGGGGGGAAUUCAAGUUAUCUGAGAUCUAGGGUUUAUGCUUGCAACUUCUGCAAGAAAGAGUUCUCCACCUCACAAGCCCUAGGCGGACACCAAAAUGCUCACAAGCAAGAACGUGAAUGGGAGAAGAAGCGAAAGCAGAUGGAAUCUGAGUACCCUACUCUCGCCUUUCUGCACCCCUACUUGAACCGAUCGCCGUUCUCCGGUGGAUCCUGGAUCAGCAGUUUAUCAUACGAUAACCAUCUCGGUUCACGUUUCGAUCCGAUUUUUCAGAAACCCGUUUUCUAUCAUCCGACCAACUCCUCGAUCGGACACGGCGGCCCUUCCGUGACCCCUCGUGUCCCUCCGGCGAACAAUAACCGGGUUUUCGCCGGAAAAGAUCUCUUUUCGAACGACGGUUUACCAAAGAAUUUCAUUCUUCGACCGUCGAAACGUUUGAUGAUCGGUGAUAUCAUUGAUUACUCGAGGAAUUUCAUCUCGACCGUUGGAGAAAGCGGUUCUAGUGACAAAGCUCAUCAAGCCGACAAUAAGGAAGAUGUUCGAUCGAGGCAUGACGGCAGUUCCAAAGACUGGGGACGAGAUUUGUCCCUCUAG